AUGGGGGGAUAUAAGUACAAUAAGUGCAUAAAUAUUCUGUCUGGGCUAACUUGUCGGAAGCUAUGUGCUGGCGCCCUGCCAAAGCCCUCCAUCUUCUGGCUCCAAGCUCCAGAUGCAGAAGGGAAGCAUCUCUUCCGCUGUACAGCUCAGGGGGAAUAUCCAGGCAGCAGUUUCUACCUUUACCAGGGAGGCAGCCAGAAGCCCCUGGCUGUCAAGAAAGCCUUGCCGAAUCACUCUGAAGUGACCUUUGUGAUCGACGGAUUUCACUCCCAUGAACCAUUCUACUGCAGUUAUGAAAUCAGGGCAUCAGGGAAGGCUGUUCGCUCCCCGCUCAGCGGCCCUGCAAACAUCACAGAGGACCACUAUCCUAAGCCAUCCAUUGCUGCGAGUCCCUCGACAGAAGUCUUCACAGGACAGGACUGGACUGUCCGUUGUUGGGCCUCAUCGCCAGGGGUCACCUUCGUCCUCUACCAGGCCAGGGAAUUCCGCUACGAGGUCACACCCCGCGGAGAUUCCAGUGCUGCUGAAUUUUCCUUGAAGAAUGUCACUGUGGCUGACACAGGACGAUACACCUGCUAUUAUCACAGCAUCAUCGAGCCUGUCAUCUGGUCCAACGCCAGUGAUGGAGUGCAGCUGAGAGUCAUAGAUGCAGCUGAGGACCACAGCUAUCAAGAGGUGUUGGUGGACUCUGCAGGGAGAUAUCGAGUGCAUUGCCCAGUGCCCACCACUGCUGAGGGCUGGUUCUAUCUUUACAGAGAUGGGCAGCUCUUUGCUGAAACUAGAGCUUGGCAAAACGGGACAACAGCCAGCUUCAGCCUCACUGAAGAGGCACUCAACAUUACCAGGGGAGAGCUAAGUUGCCAAUAUAGGGAAAACCAGCUCAACAACACCCAAGGUGGGGUGGAUGUGCUUCCUCUCCUGCGGAGCACGCUGGCCCCAUUUCCUUCAGGCUUGCGGCUGCAGAAGCUGGAGGCCAUGAUGUGGAAGGACCACAAAGUGCAGCUGUGGGAGCUGAGCUUGCAGCGGGGCUACGGGGACUGCCUGGGGUUCUUGAAGGCGCUGCCGGGGAUCAGGCUCAAGCUCCCGGGCAAGGGGGCUUCCCGGUGCCUCGUGCAGCUGGACCCAGGUGAGUGCCACGCCUCCAUCCUGGCCACGUCACGUGUGGAGGGCUAG